AGAAGAGAGAUGGAGAUGUUCUCUGUGCUUCCCUGUAAGUGGGGUACCCCAUGGCAGGGGCUCCUGAUCACAGCCUACUUUUUAACCUGUUGGCACCUGCCCACCACUGUCCAAGUCAUUGUUGAUUUAGUGCCAUCCCAUGUUGUUGAAGGAGAAAAUGUCCUUCUUCGUGUUCGCAAUCUGCCAGAAGAUCUUGUUGCCUUUGUCUGGCACAAAGGGGUGACAAAGAUGGACCUCGGAAUUGUACUUUAUUCACUGACCACUAAUUUAAAAAUCACAGGGCCUGGACACAGUGGUAGAGAGAUAGUGUACAGAAAUGGAUCUCUGUGCCUCCAAAAUGUCACCCAGAAGGACACAGGAUUCUACACGCUACGAUCCUUAAAUAGGCAUAAAGGAAUUGUAUCAACAACAUCUAUAUACCUGCAUGUAUACUCCUUCCUUUGGACCUGUGGACCCCUUUCCACCUCUGCCCAAGUCACUAUUGAAUCAGUGCCCCCCAUAAUUUCUGAGGGAGGAAGUGUUCUUCUACUCAUUCACAAUCUCCCAGAGAAUAUUCGAUCCCUUUUCUGGUACAAGGGGAUGAUUGUGUCCAAUGAGCUUGAGGUUGCAAGACACAUAAUAACCAUGAAUUCAAGUGUGCUGGGUCCUGCACACAGUGGUCGAGAGACAGUGUACAGCAAUGGAUCCCUUCUGCUCCACAAUGUCACCUGGAAGGAUGCUGGAUUAUAUACCCUACGAACUCUAAGUACAGAUAUGAAAACAGAAUUAGCACAUGUGCAACUGCAGGUGAACACCUCCCUUUCUCCUUGCUGUAACCCUCUCACCUCUUCCAAACUCAUGAUCCAAACAAUACCUCAGUAUGCUGCUGAAGGGGAAACCACUCUUCUCCAAGUUCAUAAUCUUCCAGAAGAACUACAAGCUUUUACCUGGUACAAAUUGAUGUCUAGGACCGAGGUCCUUAAAGUUGUAGAAUACAGCAGAGCCACAAAUUACACCACCUGGGGGAGCGAACACAGCAGAAGAGAGAUGGUGUACACCAAUGGAUCCCUGAUGCUCCAGAAUGUCACUGAGAAAGAUGCAGGAUUGUACACACUAGAAAUUAUAAAUAGAGAUUUCAAAAUUGAAAAAGCAGAUGUGAAACUUCAUGUGAGCAAGCCUGUGACACAGCCUUUCAUUCGAGUCACCAACACCACAGUUACAGUAGAGAGCUCUGUGAUCCUCACCUGCCUCUCAACUGACACUGGGAUCUUCAUCCGUUGGAUCUUCAAUAAUCAGAGUCUCCAGCUGACAGAGAGGAUGACACUGUCCCCAACAAAGUGUGGACUCAGCAUAGAUCCUGUCAGGAGGGAGGAUGCUGGAGAGUAUCAGUGUGAGAUCUCCAACCCAGUCAGUUCAAAGACAAGUCUCCCAGUCACCCUAUCUGUGAUGAAUAAAUGA